GGCGAAUAGAAACGGGAGGAUUCGUGUAAAUAAUGGGAUAUUGACGAAUAGUAGCACAGAGGGCGGAAUUUGUGUAAAUACGUUUAUGGGGACGUUUUAAUUCAGAAGAGGAGAGACGAAGAUACUGGAAAGCAGCCCUUCUCUGAAAGAAAACAUGGCCGGUAAGAUUCAGGUUCUGACUUUGGACGAGAGAGAGCAGCUCCUCCCCAUGCUCCGCAGCACACAAUGGGCUGAAGUGGUGGGCAGGGAUGCCCUUUAUAAGGAGUUUAUUUUCAAGGACUUUAACCAGGCCUUUGGUUUCAUGACUAGAGUAGCACUACAGGCCGAGAAGAUGGACCACCAUCCCGAGUGGUUUAAUGUUUAUAAUAAGGUUCACAUCACUUUAAGCACACACGAGUGUGGAGGACUGUCUAAACGUGACAUUACACUUGCUACUUUCAUUGAUCAAGUCUCAGUGUUGUAAGGAUGACUCAUUUAUUUUGGCAGAAACAGACCAGAACCUGUAGAUCUCACACUGCUGAAUUAAAUGUGUUUUGUUGGUAGGGUUUUCCAGAUACAAACUAAUCCAAACCAUUGAAAAAAUCUUUGAAUCCCUAUUACACAGAGUAUCAAUAAAAACACAGUAUACAGUAUCUGUCAAUAGAACACUAUGGUGAAAAAGAGCUAUAUGUACAGGAUGGUCUUGUGUCUUAUAGCUGUAACCCUGUAUUUUCCCUGUCCUGAAAAAGUAUUGUGCCUUUAUGUUCUAUUCAGUGAGCACAGGGUACUGCUUGUCCUCAACCACUGUGAUGAGUAAGCCUGCAAAUGAUUUCCAAAAUAAAGCAGUGCUUUUGAGUCAA